UCGAACAACAGCACAAGGUCAGUUUCUGAGAAUAAUUCAAAGACCCCGCGGCCAGCACCCCAUUUUUCUCAAACCGCCUUGCCGCGGCCCUCCACCGGGUUUCCGAAACCAGGGCCUCCGCCCCACCAUAAAUCCUACUCAACCGCUGGAGAUCUCCAACGACGACGACUAGAUCCAGUUCUGGUCCGUAGAUUCCCGGUGGCGAUGACGGAGCAGGGGCGGCGGAUCGUGGUGGCGGUGGACGAGGGGGACGAGAGCAUGUACGCUCUCACCUGGUGCCUCCAGAACGUGGUGUCUCCACCGCCGCCGCCGGCGGAGGAAGACGAUUAUUGCAAGGAUACCCUCAUCCUCCUCCACGCCCGUCCCUCUCGUUCCCUCUUCACGGCAAUGGACGGAACCUGUAAGAAAACCAUGGAUCGGCUCGGCAACAAGGCGGCGGAAUCGGUAAUGGAGAAAGCCAAGCGGAUUUGCGCCGAUUUCCCGAACGUGACGGUGGAGGCGCGGGUGGAGAAGGGAGAUCCGAGGGACGUGAUCUGCGAGGCGGUGGAAAAGAUGGGAGCUGAUAUGUUGGUGAUGGGAAAUCAUGGUUACGGUCUGAUCAAGAGGACUUUCCUGGGAAGCGUGAGCAAUCAUUGUGCACAGUGUGCAAAGUGCCCCGUUUUGAUUGUGAAAAGGCCAAAGCACUAAGGACCGCCCCCUUUCUCUCUACUCCCAAGGUGGGACCAACCAGCGGAUAUGUACGUAAGUGUGUGGAUGAACUGCGCGACUAGUUGGAAAUUGUAACUUGAGACCCUCGUAAUGUACAAUAAUCAUCAGAGGCAAUAAUCAUGGUGGAUUAUGGUAUUAGAAUGGAUUAACAAGUUACAAGUUAUGCAUUUACUAUGUUUUAACUUUGAAGCAUUUAUAUUAUUUUAGUAUGGAUUCAUGUUGCUUUCGUUGGUUAAUCCAAAUCGAGCCAAGGUUUCGA